CCCGGNAGGGGCCGGCGCCGGGGCCGCUGUGGGCGCCGCGCUCCCGCCGCUCGCUGUCGGGCCCGCGGGCCCCGCGCCGGCCUCAGGAUGCCGCUGGGGCUGAAGCCCACCUGCAGCGUGUGCCGCAGCACGUCCUCCUCCAUGUGGAAGAAGGGCGGGCAGGGCGAGAUCCUGUGCAACAACUGCACGGCCCGCUCGGCGCCGCCGCCCCCCGCCGCCUUCGCCACCACCUCGGCGGCCGCCGCGCAGCACAGCAACGGCGGCGGCAGCGGCGGCGGAGGCGGCGGCGGCGGGAAGCAGAGCAAGCAGGAGAUCCACCGCCGCUCCGCGCGGCUCAGGAACACCAAGUACAAGUCUGCGCCCGCCGCGGAGAAGAAGGUUUCCACGAAGGGCAAGGGCAGGAGGCACAUCUUCAAGCUCAAAAACCCCAUCAAGGCUCCUGAGUCCGUAUCAACUAUAAUUACAGCAGAAUCAAUCUUUUAUAAGGGUGUAUACUACCAGAUUGGAGAUGUUGUUUCGGUGGUUGAUGAGCAGGAUGGAAGAACGUACUACGCUCAGAUCCGUGGGUUUAUUCAGGACCAAUACUGUGAAAAGAGUGCUGCACUAACCUGGCUCAUUCCUACACAAGCCAGCCCCAAAGACUGCUUUGACCCAGCAUCCUAUAUCAUAGGACCAGAAGAAGAUCUCCCAAGAAAAAUGGAAUAUUUAGAAUUUGUUUGUCAUGCACCUUCCGAAUAUUUCAAAUCUCGAUCAUCUCCCUUCCCUACUGUUCCUACAAGGCCAGAGAAGGGCUAUAUAUGGACUCAUGUGGGACCUACUCCUGCAAUCUCCAUUAAAGAAACUGUAGCCAAUAAUUUAUAGUUUUUAAGGAAUACUUUGGACUAGUUAUUUUGUGUGUAUCCUCCAGUUUGUAAAGCCCUUACAAGAAGUUUUAAAAAUUGUAAAAUGUGCCGGUUUAUUUUACAGAUUAUGAUAUUUAUUUUUUUUAGAUCUAUCAGACCUUGGAAGUGGAAGUUUUCAUUCCAGUUGAUGCAUCAUUUUGGUGCUCUGCUCUUCAGACAUUAUUGCUCAUCUUGGGACAAAACCACAAGUUUCAUGUCAUCUUUGGCUUCUGAAAGUUGCCUUUAGUAUUCAUUCUUACUUUUUAAGUUAUUUUCCAGAAGAGGAGUUUAAAAGAUACAAUCAUCCAGCAUUUUAUAUGACUGUUUAAUUUAGUUAACUGUGACUGCUGGUUUUAUUUCCUUAUUAACUAAUUUAAGACUAGCUUCACCUAAAUACUAAAAUGGUCAAUGAUGCACUUAACAGUUUUCUGUUACAUGGAGAGGAGUGUUCUACAUGGAUUUCUCCAGACUAAACCCUCAUCCACAAAGAGGAACCCUAACAGUCACCUUUUAUGAGAAUUUUGUUAAUCUGAAUCUGAAAUGUGGGCUAUGUGUGUAGAUUUCUGCUAAACUUACUUAUAUAAGGGCGUAAAUUUCCUGGAAAAUUUGAUGCAAAUUCAAAAAUUAAUGUUAUUUGCCAUCCUGGCAUUCUCAUUGCAGAAGUAUAUCUGCAUUUCCUGAGCAAGCCAACACUGACAUAUGAUUUGAGUUUCACACUGUUAAUAUUUGUUUGCCUGUUAGCUUAGACUCAUAAAAUUUAUUUUAAAUUGUUUUUUCAGUCUUCACAAUUAAUGAUGGUAAGAAAAAAAAAUGGUCAGGCAAAUAAAAUGAAGAAAAAUCAAUAAGGGAAAUAAAAAUUAUUUUAUGUAUUGACA